UUUCUUUUCUUUUCUUUUUUGAUAAAAGCGCACUUCCAAUUCUCUCUAUUUCCUUCUGUUCGGUGGUUUUUGAUUCCCACCGAUCCCAUCUAGAGAGAGAGAGAGAGAGAGAGAGGGUGGAGAAGGCGGCCAUGGCGAUUGUUCUGCUUCUGUUUUUAUUUGCACUCGUUCGCUCAAACGCCGAAGAAGCUUUCGACGUUAGGAAACAUCUCUCCACCGUCUCCAGGUAUGAAGUUGUAAAGGACAUAUCUGACAAUUCGUUUGUGCCUUCUAACAUUCCAGACCAAUGUACUCCUAUCCAUCUAAAUCUGCUGGCAAGGCAUGGAACGCGUGCUCCUACCAAAAGAAGAAUAAAAGAAAUGGAUGAUUUAGAUAAGCGUAUUGAAGUACUUCUACAGGAUGCAAAAGAGAAGGAGUCAGAUUUGCAGAAAGUUCCUGCCUUACUUUGGGGGUGGAAAUUUCCUUGGAAAGGGAAGUUCAAGGGUGGAGAAUUAAUUAGGGAAGGAGAAGAAGAACUGUAUCAUCUUGCAAUCAGAAUCAGAGAAAAGUUUCCACAGCUGUUUAAUGAGGAUUACCACCCGGACGUGUAUCCAAUAAAGGCAACCCAGAUUCCGCGGGCAUCAGCUAGUGCUGUAGCAUUUGGCAUGGGGUUGUUUAGCGGGAGAGGAAAUCUUGGACCUGGGCAUCAUCGAGCUUUUGCAGUAUCCAGUGAAAGCCGUGCAAGCGAUAUUUGCCUGAGAUUCCACGAUUGUUGUCAGAGAUACAAGGACUUCAGGAAAAGUCAGGAGCCCACUGUUCAUAAGCUUAAGGAACCUAUCUUGGAUGAAAUCACCAAUGCCUUAGUGCAGCGUUAUGGACUGAAUUUUACAAGACAGGAUAUGUCUUCUCUCUGGUUUUUGUGCAAGGAGGAAGCAUCCUUAUUGAAUAUAACUGAUCAAGCUUGUGCUUUGUUCACCCCAUCUGAGGUUCUUUUGCUGGAGUGGGCAGAUGAUGUGGAAAUGUUCAUAUUAAAGGGUUAUGGUAAUGCACUAAACUACCGGAUGGGAGUGCCACUGCUUGAAGACGUUGUUCAGGCCAUGGAACAAGCAAUUAAGGCUAAAGAAGAAGAACGUGCUCCUGGUAGUUAUGAAAAUGCAAGACUGAGGUUUGCUCACGCUGAGACUCUGGUUCCAUUCUCAUGUCUGAUUGGUCUCUUUCUUGAGGGAUCUGAGUUUGAGAAAAUACAGAAGGAACAACCCUUGGAACUCCCUCCAAAGCCUCCUCAGAGAAGAAACUGGACGGGCAGUACAGUGGCGCCUUUUGCUGGGAAUAAUAUGCUAGUACUUUAUAGUUGUCCAACUGAGUCUUCAAGCAAGUACUUUGUGCAAGUACUUCAUAAUGAACAUCCGGUUCCAAUGCCAGGAUGUGGUAAUUCUGAUUUCUGUCCAUUUGAAGUUUUCAAGGAAAGAAUAGUUGCUCCUCAUUUAAAGCAUGACUACAACACACUCUGUGAUCUGAAGAUAGAAGAACCAGGGCGGAUGUUGCUCACCAGUAAGUUAUGGCAAAUCUUUCGGUGGCUAUUCCCACAAAGAAGCAAUGACACACAGUCUGCCAAACAAGAGCUAUAGUUCAUUUUUGUACGUAACAGUGACAAUUCUUAUGUUACUUUCCUCGCGCCAAUGAUUCUUGGCUUAAAUUUCAGAUUUAGGAAGUGGCUCCUUACCGGGUUUCGUUUUCUUUAAAGCCCAUAGUUUAUACAACUGGUUACUCGGGAUACAGUGCUAAAUAUUCUAACUUUAGGGUAUCUGAGAUGAGAUUUUGUAUUGUCCUUUUAUGUUUUCAGAGACCUGGAAGUUGUAAGUUCUGGGUAGGAUGUAGCUAUAACUGUUCUAUAUACAGCGCUACUGGAUAUUGCAUGCCCUCUGGUGGGACUUGGAACAA